CUCCAUUGGAUUGGUCUAAAUGUUACAAAUGAUUUGGGCAUCUUCCUUUCAAUAAUAGCGUUUCCUUGUUUUCAAAUUAAUAAAUCCAAAUAAUGGUCCGGAGUUCUUUGACUCUUUGUUCUAAGAAAUGGCAUCCGCCGGAAAAUGCUUUCUUGUCACUGGCGCUCCGGGAGUGGGAAAAACAACGCUGAUAAUCCGUGUGCUGGAAGCUCUUAAACUAUCCAACCCUAACUUGAAGAUUCAGGGAUUCUACACUCGUGAGGUAAGAGAAGGGGGUGAAAGGAUUGGGUUUGAAGUGGUUACUCUUGAUGGUCGUAAAGCUCCUCUCGCCUCAACCAACAUUUCUAGCUGGGAAUCGCAAAGAUGGCCGAAUGUCGGAAGAUAUAAAGUAGACGUUUCAUCAUUUGAAUCAUUAGCAUUGCCUGAGUUGCAGGUUAAGGAAGACAGUGAUCUGUUUGUUAUUGAUGAAGUUGGUAAAAUGGAGCUGUUCAGUUCGUCAUUCUUCCCUGCCAUUUUACGAGUACUUGAAUCGAAUAUUCCUCUCUUGGCAACUGUCCCUCUUCCUAAAUCUGGGUGCAGAGAUAUUCCUGGAGUUGCAAGAUUGAAAAAUCAGACGGGGGCUACCAUUUAUACGGUGGACAGUAGUAACAGAGAUGCCAUGAAAGAUCAAAUAUACUCCAACUUGGCAGACUUGUUGCAAACACACUAGACUUGUAUCUACUCAAUCCUUGUUUCUUUUUUUUUUUCCUUCUCAAGUAUGCAUUGCACUCAAUUAAUUCUUUUACCUAUGUAUGUAUUUACUGUGCUCUCAAAAUAAUGGGCUGUAAUACUGGGCCAAAUUUAUAAGGUUGUCUGUCCCUGAUUGA